AUGGCCAAGAUCUCAGGUGAAUCCUCAUCAAGACAAUUUGAAAAGCAGACUGCUGGAAUUCCAAAAGGAGACAAUACUGCUGACAAAGGUCUGAAAAGCAUUCUGACCUCAGUGGAGCCUGAAAAUGAAAAGAAAUGUGGUCAAGCAGAGGAGCAUGUUUCGAAAGAGGCAUCUGAGAAGGGCAAGGAAAAGGUCCCAGCAGCCGCCAUGAAAGCAGAUUCAUCAAAGGAGAAGGCUGACAAGGACUUGGUAAACAAAUUGAAAAAGAAUAUUUUCGGAAAAUUCCUCACAGAGGAAAUUCCCGAAUUUAUUCCUUCUAGAACAGGUGUGAUAAAUUCGGAAAAGAGUGUCUCUGAAGAUCAUGGCAAUGAAGACUCAAGCAUUACUACCUCAGAAGACGAGCAAGGAUCAGAAAGUUCGAGUGAAGAUCAAUCCACCAAUGAUGAAAGCUUCGAGUGUUCAAGUUCUGAAACCAUUGAAGAUCAAGACUCAGAAAGUCCAAACAAAGAUCAAAGUUGCAAUGAGUCAAGUUACGAAGCAAGUGAAGAGCAAAGCUCAAGUGAGGACAACAUAUCUGAAAGCUCAUCCGAUUCAGACAAUGAUGAAGAACACUCAGAAGAUGAAAGCAGAAAUAAACUUCAGAAAUGGCUCCUCAUGCUCAUGGAAUACAUCUAG